CGUGCGAGGCAGGGGCGGGGCAGAGGCGUGGGCUCUGCCACGUCUGGGUACGGUUCCCGGCUGUGGCGCGGGUGGAGGUGGCGCUGCCUCUGCAGCCGGAUCCAGAUCCGGAUCCAGAUCCGGAUCCGGUGCUGGGGAGCCCGGAGGGGGAAGCGUCCGACGCGCCUGGAGGGGAGCGCCGACUGCUGAGCCCGGCGGCGGGUCAUACUGGAAAGAUGAAACCUGAUGACACUCCUAUGUUUGACCCAAGUCUACUCAAAGAAGUGGACUGGAGUCAGAAUACAGCUACAUUUUCUCCAGCUAUUUCUCCAACACACCCUGGAGAAGGCUUGGUUUUGAGGCCUCUUUGUACUGCUGACUUAAAUAGAGGUUUUUUUAAAGUACUGGGCCAGCUGACAGAGACUGGAGUUGUCAACCCUGAGCAAUUUAUGAAAUCUUUUGAGCGUAUGAGGAAAUCUGGGGACUAUUAUGUUACAGUUGUAGAAGAUGUGACCCUAGGACAGAUUGUCGCUACAGCAACUCUGAUAAUAGAACAUAAAUUCAUCCAUUCCUGUGCUAAGAGAGGAAGAGUGGAAGAUGUUGUUGUUAGUGAUGAAUGCAGAGGAAAACAGCUUGGCAAAUUAUUACUAUCAACUCUUACUUUACUAAGCAAGAAACUGAACUGUUACAAGAUUACUCUUGAAUGUCUACCACAAAAUGUUGGUUUCUACAAAAAGUUUGGGUACACAGUGUCUGAAGAAAACUACAUGUGUCGGAGGUUCCUAAAGUAAAAAUCUUAAGAGAACUGUCAGCAAAGGGGUCAGUGCUAAAAGGCUUUAACUCUCUGUAGAGUUACAUUUUGUUGCUGCAACACAGUGACCUGCCUACAGACUGGACUGAAAUAAAGAACAUUGUAAUACAAGUGUAAUGACAUUAAAAGAUUACUCUGGGCUUAUGUGAGUUUAGAUCACAAAUGAUUAUUAUAAAGGGGGUGAUUUUUAACCAAAGGAAUAUAUUUUUAACUUGAAUCUUUUCUUGCAUUGUAUUUUUCUAAAGUUUGGCUUCAUUUCUCAGUAGUCGAGUACACUUAGUAAGUUUACAUGUCUGCUUUAUGUGCUGCUCAC